UAUUAGUUUACUGUUUUUUGCCUAGUUAUCUUGGAGUUUGAGUUGAUACUAUCUAAUUUUAAAAAAGCAAUUUUUAAUUUAUAAUUUUUCAACAAAAAUAUACGUCACAUCAACGUCAACAGACCCCGCCUUUACCUGCUGGUGGAUUUUAGAGUAUGCUAACCCUGCAAAAGGCUAACCAUGAAAAAAUCCCAAAAAAGAAAAGUUUCGGAAGAAAAUAGAGAGUUUAAUUCAGCGUGGACAUAUUUAUUUGCAUUCACCGGCAACAACGCUGGCUUACCUGUUUGCUUGAUAUGUGGCGAGAGAAUAUCGAACAACAAAAAAUGUAACGUUGAAAGACAUUUUCAAAACAGGCACUUAGCAUUCGCUGAAAAAUACCCAACCGAAGAUGAGCGAAAGAAAGCAAUUUCGGAACUGCUGCGAAAAGCUGAAGAGAGCAAACUAUCUUUCAAGAAGUGGAUCAGCUCUCCACAGCCAACUAGCACUACUAGUUGUGUGGCAGCUCUGGAGAUUGUAAAGAGGGGGAAGCCUUUCACAGAUGGAGAAUAUUUGAAAGAAUCGUUCAUAAAAAUAUCAGAGCAUCUAUUCUCCGACUUUAAAAACAAGGGGGAAAUUAUUCAGAAAAUUAGAGAAAUGCCUCUCUCCGCAAAGACCGUCAGAGACAGGACCAUUAAAAUGGCGGAAAACAUCAGCCGUAAGCAAAUUGAUGACAUCGAUUCAGCUCAAGCAUUUUCAAUUGCCUGUGAUGAGUCAAGUGAUGUAAACGAUGUUGAGCAGACAGCACUGUUAUGCAGAUAUGUCAACUGUGAUGGGCCUCAGGAAGAACUGAUUGAACUCAUACCGCUAAAGGGCCAAACACGAGGGCAGGACAUUUGUGAGGCUGUUGUGAGUUGUCUAGACGCGAAAGGAAUAAACACCACUCACCUGGUGUCAGUGUCUACUGAUGGGGCACCCAGUAUGAGAGGAGCACAGAAGGGCUUUGUGAAUUUGCUUCAAAAGUCACUGGAUCGAGAGCUGAUGGCGUUUCACUGCAUCCUCCACCAAGAAGCACUGUGCGCACAAACAUUCCCCCCCGAAUGUGUCGAAGUGAUGAACGUCGUUAUCAAGAUAGUGAACAAAAUAAUUGCGAACGGGUUAAGCCACCGACAGUUUUGUUCAUUGUUAGAAGAAGUCGACAACGCAUAUUCAGAUCUCCUGCUGCACAACAAAGUCCGGUGGCUGUCCAGGGGAGAGGUGCUGAAACGCUUUGCUACCUGUCUGGAGCAUGUGAAAACGUUCUUGGAAAGCAAAGGCCUCCGCUAUCCUGAACUAGAAGACCUCGAUUGGCUGGGUAAAUUUUACUUCAUGGUGGAUAUGACAAGUCACUUGAACACGCUGAAUAAAAAUCUACAAGGAAAGGGAAGCACGGCCCUGCAGAUACUGGAGAAUGUUUUGGCAUUUGAGCGCAAGAUGACAGUGUUCGCAAGAGAUGCACAAAAACGUACGCUCUCUCACUUCCCCUCCCUAAGAGAGUUUAAAGAAGCGAACAAUGAAAUAAAUUAUGAAUAUUUCCACCGUGCCAUCAUUGCAAUGCAAGCUGCAUUUGGAGAAAGAUUCAGUGAUUUCAGAAAGGAGAAACAUACUCUCUCUUUCCCUGUCACACCGCUGGACAUCGACCCAUCCUUGCUGAACACAGUUGCAUUCACCAGAGUAAGCAAGCCUGAUCUAGAAAUUGAACUGGCCGACAUAGCGGAUAAAGAUUUGUGGGUAAAUAAGUUCAAAACACUGACGGCGGAUCUUGAAGAAGUCGCCCGUCAGAAGGCUACGCUGGCUAAAGAGCACAAAUGGAAUGAUAUGGAAAAACUCCCCCACCCCGACAAACUUGUUUUUGAAACAUGGAGUGCCAUUCCUGACACGUAUAUUAACAUGAAAAAUUAUGCAUUUGGAGUCUUGUCCAUCUUUGGCUCAACAUACUAAUGUGAGCAAGUUUUCUCAAGCAUGAAUUUUAUAAAGUCCAAACACCGCUCCCGCCUCAAAGAUGAGAGCCUACAGUCCUGUAUGAAGAUCAAAGUCACAUCUUACAGCCCCGACAUAGGGAAGGUCUGCAGCGAACUUCAGACACAGAAGUCACAUUAAAAUGGUCCUUCAGUUGAUUGCUGGCUGAGCAAAAAACCCGAAGAGGACGAGAGAACACUGACAUGGACUUGUCAAAGACUCUCCUAAUUUUCUUUUUCUUUUAAAAGCUGCUAAGUUGCAGCUAAAUGUUUUAUUUAUAUUAAAGUGGGCUAGUUUUUAUUUUACUUUUACAAAAAAUAUACGGUGGACUUAAAUAGGCCUACAGUUAACAGUUUAAUUUAUUUCAAAGCAGGCCUACAAAUGCACAUUGCACUUCUGUUUGUUUUAUUCAGUGGUUGUAACAGGUAAAAUAAAAAAAAGAUGAAAAGUUAUUUUUUGCGGCUCCCUACGAUUUUUUU